AGGUUUCUGCGCUACGAGUCAGUUGGCCGACACGAGCCGCGCGUGCUGGGGCUUCUGGUGUUUACUCGCUGUCCGCUUCUCUGUCUGCCGACGGACGCUGAUCCGGAGUCGUCCUCGCGCGCGCGACACUCGGGACUCGCCGCGGAGACUCGCGCACGCGGAGGGUGACGGAGACGGGCAGCCGUGGGGGUUCCUCUCUCGCGAGCGCGUCGCGUCUGUCCGAGGGGGAGGCUUCGAUUCUUCCGCGGACUCGCGGCCUGACGGAGGGAUCCUGCUGUGCCCGCCGUUUCGUCGUCGGGCUUCUCGCAGAAGAGAGAGAGAGAGAGAGCUUUUCUCUUCCUCUCCCUCGAGGAGAGCGGGGAAUAAUAAUCGGCUGGACGAGGCGAGUCGUCGUCGUCGAAGACGAAGAGACGUCCGAUGGUCGCGACACGGUUGAGGGAAUGACGUUACGACGCGCGGUGUAACGAACUUGCGAGGAUGAUAACGCCGCCAGUGUCAGUGCAGUGGGGUUAAAGUGCCAGCCGGUUUAUGGAUAACCACCGAGCGCCGUCGCUCACCGGAUCCACGAGUGCGAGCUGCUAUCAAGCCGACGAGCGGCCUGCUGCGGCGAGUGACGCGGCGUGCUGCGGCGUUUAAAACCCGGCGAGCCCGACGAUACGAGAGAUGAACGAAUGACCGGGCCGACGCGGUGAUCCAUACGCGAUGAGGCCGAAAUCGUGCUCGCCGUUUCUGCUCUUCUGCGUGCUCCUGCCCGGAGUGGUGCGACCCUUCACGUCCGGCGAGGAAGGCGAAGACGCCGCGGAGGAGGACGACUCGUACCUUCUGGAGGAGGACGACGUGCCCUCGGCCACGAUAGCCAGCGACACCGAGCUGAUCUCCGAGGGCGGCGGUCACCUGCCGGUCUUCCUCACCGAGCCCGUCAACUCCUUCGUCGUGAAGAACAAGCCCGCCACUCUGCGCUGCAAAGCCGCCCACGCGCUGCAGAUCUACUUCCGCUGCAACAACGUGCGGGCGGAGGACUCGCAGCAGCAGGACUUUGUCGACCCGCACACGGGCACGCGGAUCGUCGAUUGCGAGCUCAACGUCACGAGGGAUCACAUCGAGGAGUACUUCGGCAAGGAUAAGUUCAAGUGCGAGUGCAUCGCCUGGUCCGGCUCGGGUCAGAUCAAGAGUCAGCCGGCGAUCAUCGACGUCGCCUACCUGAAGAAGCAGUUCGAAUCGCCGCCGUACUCCGUGUCCGUCGAGGCGGGCCAGAGCACCGAACUGAGAUGUCUGCCUCCACUGGGAGUGCCGCCGCCGCGGGUUUACUGGCUGAGAAAUAACAUCCCGGUGGACACCGAGUCGGACACACUUCUGGUGUCCAGCGAGGGUCACCUUCUCGUUGGUCAAGCCAAACUUAGCCAUCAGGCCAACUACACGUGCGUCGCCGAAAAUAUCGCGGCGAAACGGCAGAGCGAGCCGGUCGGCCUGACAGUUUACGUGAACGGCGGCUGGUCGUCGUGGUCGUCCUGGUCGGAAUGCCAUCCGCGAUGCUCGAAAGCCGGCCAGAAGCGGACGAGGACGUGCACGAAUCCGGCGCCCAUGAACGGCGGCCAGAAUUGCCUCGGCCCGGCGCAGCAAAAGAUGGACUGCAACAUAGGCUGCCCCGCCGGCGCUCUGGAGGAAUUCACUAACACCCUGGUCGUCGACGGCGGAUGGUCCAGAUGGUCGGCGUGGUCGGUGUGCGGCAGCGACUGCACGCACACAAGGAGGAGAUCCUGCGACGAGCCGCCGCCCAGCCACGGCGGCCGACCUUGCCAGGGCAGGGACAUCAACGUGGCCAAUUGCACCGGCGGCAUGUGCAACGUCGGCAACGCGAAGGUGGGCGGCGCUCAUUUAACCGAAGAAGAGAACCGCCAGAUGGACGUGGCCCUGUACGUCGGCCUGACGGUCGCCUGUGUGGUGAUCGUCAGCCUGGCGUUCUUCCUGGUGAAGCUGCUGCGGCGCAAAGGCCGCGACCACUCCUUGUACUCCAUGGCUCGUAACGAAUUCCAGCCGGAGUUCUUCCCGGAUCAGGACAAGAAGCUGAGCCUGCAGCCGGACGUGACGGCGACGAGUGUGCCGGCCUGCUACGAGUAUCCUUUCGACCCGAAGCUGUCAAUGUCGAGAUCCCUCUCGGAACACCACUACGACGUGCCGCAUUUGUCGAUCGCGCCCCAGCCGUCCCCGAUGUCGCCCACGCCCAGCACCUCGACCCAGGAGUCCUGCAGCGACAAGCAGAUCCAUUCCGACAGCGAGAACAGCGUCACUAGCUCCUACCCGUCCUCGGACUCCACGUACAACGUCGCCUCGGAGAGCGUGCGCCUGCCGAAGCUCGAGGCCGGGAACGUCGCGAGGGCGGCGGUCAACACGCGCGGCGCCCUGCUGGUCCUGCCGGACUCCGGGAUCUCGAUGUCGGUGCCGGAGGGGGCAGUUCCCAAGCCGCUCAGGGAGGAGCUGUAUCUGGCGGUGCUCAACGAGGAUCGUUACAGGCCGCGAUUACCUGACGGGAUAACCCAGUUAUCGGCCGUGGUGACCUGCGGUCCGUCGUCCGCGACCUUCAACAAGCCUGUGAUCCUGCAGUUCGAGCACUGCGCGAUGCUGCACCCGGCGACCUGGGAGCUGAGCGUGUGGGCGUGCGACGGCGUUAACGUCGACGACACGUCGCCGUCGCUCGCGUCCAAGGACCACCAGUCGUCGUCGUCGUCGUCGUCGUCGUCGUCGUCGUCGUCGUCGUCGAUCACGUGGAGCCGAGUGCUGACCCUCGGCAACGAGACCAUCAACACGCCGUUGUUCACGCAGUUGGACCACGCGGAGGCUUUCAUCGUGACCGAGCAGCUGCGCGGCUACGUGCUGGCCGGCCAGAGCAGCGAGAGCGCGAUCGCCACGAAGCGAUUGCGACUGGCGCUCUUCGCCAGCCAGGCCGGCCAGUGCUGCGUCCGGGUGUACGCCGUCGAAGACACCAAGGCCGCCAUGAAAGCGAUCGUCGACCGCGAGUCGCAGAUCCGCGGCUAUCUGCUGGACAAGCCGCGCACGCUGCUGUUCCAAGACAACGGCGAGUCGCUCUGCGUCAGCCUCGAGGAGGUCGGCAACGAGUGGCAGAGCAAGUCGCCCACGGAGCGCCAGGAAGUCUCGUUCCGGGACGCCUGGAACUGCCAAGAGAACGCCAAGCACGUGACCUUCGGCCUGGACACGGCCUUUGGCCCGACCACCACGAGGAGCUACAAGCUGCAGGUCUCGCAAGGCAACUCCGACACGAGACAAGUUUUCAGAAUCGUUUACGACGGCGCGAAGCAGCUCAUCUCCUCGGGUAGCGUCACGAGGCCGCUCAGGGAAGUCACCGUGGUCAGCAGCGGACAUGCCAACAACGCCACCACCGACUCCACCACCCUGCGACCGUUCCGGUUUACGAGAUCCUUGAGGAAGCAGCUCUGCCAGUGCCUGGACCCGCCGAACGCUCUCGGCAACGAUUGGAGAAUGUUGGCGCAGAGGCUGCAGGUCGACAGGUACAUCAAUUACUUCGCGACCAAGGCCAGCCCGACCGAGCACAUCUUGGACCUGUGGGAAGCGAGGCACCGGGAGCCGACGGCGGUGACGGAUCUGCUGAACCACCUCCGAGUUAUGGGCAGGACCGACGCGGCCACGAUCCUGGAGGCCCAGCUCGGCCCGUGGCUCUGAACAGACCGGUAAACCGGAUCUCGAAACCGUUUCCAACGGUGAGUGAAAGUCGCGAGCGUCGUACGCCCACGAGCCGAGCGCCGGGCGAUCGGCGGGUGAAUCAGUGGGUGAUCGAACGGCGCGACCGGUGAACUCGAGAGAUCGAUCAGUGAGUACCGGAAGGGACAAUCGGCGGAGUGAGCGAGUGACUGAGCGAGUGCGUGCGAGCACAGAGGGAGGGAGGGAGGGAGGAAGGGUGGAGAGCGGGGAAACGGAGGAUUCGAUUCUCCAAACGGACUCAUCGAAACACUGCCUUAAUUGUGCGCGACAAACGCGUCGGUACUCUGUAAAUAAACGUGAGUUAGCGGGAAGCCCGGAGAUCCCGCUUCAAGAGGAGAUCCUUCGGGCGCGUCAAGGACCACGAGUCGAGAAACGCUUCAGCCGACAGCUCGAGAGACGAGGAGCGAGAACGAGAGGGAGAGGGAGGGAGGGAAAGUGAGAAAGAAAACGAGAGAGCGCGGGUUGCGGUCCGUGGUCGAAAGGGAAAAAGGGUGGGAGGGAGGGAGGAGGGACGAGAGUAAGGGGAACCGUAUAUAAUCGUGACGACGUAAUUAGGGACUGUGCAUUUAGAUGGAUAUACGUGUACAUACGUACUAAAGACACGCGCGCAGAUACAGAUGGAGAUAUAUCCAUUUAGAGAUGGAUGUUUAUAUAUAAAUAUAUGUUAUAUAUUAUAUAAAUAUAUAUAUAUAGAUAUCUACCAGGACACACCAAGAGUAUAUGAAGCGCUCGCGCGCGGACAUCGCGACAUCGACUUGUCCGCGGCGACAGCUCGACGCGACGAAGGUACUUUUUCAGUCGAUUAUCGUUAUCGAACACGGACGACGAGCACGAGACACCGCGCCGGCUGGGUGUCGUCACUUCACUUUCGUUUCCUCGGAGAAUCGUGCCAAAAUUAUCUCGGUUUCUCGUAAGGCGCUACAAUUCCGUUGCUGUUGCAUCCGAGUUUCGUGAAAGACGCCGUAUAUCCUUUUUCACACGUGUCGACAAUACAGAUCGCGGUGCGCGAGGCAGGAGGACGCGACGACGACGAUGACGAUCACGACGACCACGACGAGAACAACGACUGCGGCGGCGGCGGCGACGACGCGGUGGACGAUGCGGCGAGUCGCCGUGCGUGGCGCGCGCGUCGCUCACGAACGCGAGCGCGAGCCGCGAGCCGUCGCGUAAGGAAGAAGAAACGAGAGAGAGAGAGAGAGAGAGAGAGAGAGAGAGAGAGAGAGAGAGAGAGAGAAUCGAGCUAAUUACGACAGACAUGAUUUACACCGACGAUUUAUUUGAGAGAAUUGUAUAUUUGUUACUUUCGACGAAUAAAAUAUUCUUGUAUACCUCAGAGUCGAA